UGGGGACUUGCUUCUGAGUAAACAUGCAUAAGAUUGCACUACUACAGAGGAUCACAGCAGAAUCUUGGUCCUUACCCUUUCUGAAACGGAAGCAAUGAGCUGGGGAUUCCUCCGUGAUGUCCUGAGUGGAGUGAAUAAAUAUUCAACUGGGAUUGGCAGAAUUUGGCUAGCUAUUGUGUUUAUAUUCCGCCUGCUUGUCUAUGUUGUAGCUGCAGAACAUGUCUGGAAAGAUGAACAGAAGGAGUUUGAGUGUAACAUUAGGCAACCUGGCUGUGAAAAUGUCUGUUUUGAUCACUUUUUCCCAGUUUCCCAGGUGAGGCUUUGGGCCUUACAAUUGAUUAUGGUCUCUACCCCAUCACUUCUUGUUGUUCUCCAUGUUGCUUAUCGAGAAAAUAGGGAAAAGAGACACAGAAAGAAGCUGUAUAAGGACCCAGGAAGCAUGGAUGGUGGAUUGCUAUGCACCUACCUCAUCAGUCUCCUUUCCAAAACAGGAUUUGAAAUUGCUUUCCUCUUCCUGUUUUACAAGCUGUACGGUGGAUUCAACGUGCCCCGUCUUGUGAAAUGUGACAUGAGUCCAUGUCCCAACACUGUUGAUUGCUACAUCUCUAAGCCCACUGAGAAGAAAGUCUUCUUGUACAUUGUAGUGGUGACGUCCUCCUUGUGCAUAGUCUUAAAUGUAAUUGAACUCACCUAUUUGGUUUUCAAAUACUCCAUCAAAUGUUGUUUCAAGAGUUACAUCAAGAAAGUUCAAGACACACAAGAACACACAAAGCUGGAUUCUGUGGAUCACAAUGAAACAACCUUAUUUCAUGGCAAUGAUGCAGUCACCACCUUCAGAACCCAAGAUGACGAAAGAAACCUGCCCACCAGCCAACAUCAAGAAUAAAAGCACACAACGUCAAAUAAAAUGCAUUUUAAUGACUUUAGGACUGAUUGAGGAUUUUAAUCAGCAGGCUGUGUUUUCCACAAUCCAAAUUAUUUAGGUUUACCCAGUUUAAGAUACAAAACCUGACAUUUCCCCUAAGUUGAUGUAUAAAUAUUGAUAUUUAUGAUAAAGAAUACUGAAAAGAACAGUAAAUUCAAGAGUCACUUUGAAUGUUUUGACACAACCAUUCAUUUAAAAAAGAGUUUACUGGGUGAGCAGAAUAACAGGGCUUCCCCUUCUUCUCCCUUGUGUCCCCCAAAUCUUCUCUGGAGGGUUUCCCAAAUAUCUGGAACAGAUUUUUGUUUUGGAGGAGUGCAGUGGCAAAAGCCUCAUUGUAUAAGCAGAUAACUGUUCUGCUCAUGCAUGUGCAUAAGAUUCAACCCACUGUCUUAAAAACUUUUCAAACCCAAAAGAGAAGACAC